GACUGCAGUGUUUUUGCGCAUCUUACGCACUUUCGGAUAGAGGAUGGCAGGCACUGCAUCACCCAAAUCUUGCUCGACAAAAUAAACUGAAAAAAACUUGAAUAAAUUGAAACAAGUAGAAUACAUUCGCUGUUACCAAUGUCCAGAGAGAACUGGAUUUGAGGAUUCAAUUGUAUUUGUACUAGCUCGUAUUAACACGCUUUUAUUAUAGGCUAUAGCUGUCCUGAAAGUAGAUCGCAGCAUCGUUAUCAGUCUGCAAGCUGCGACCUCCGCAUCCCCAGGCAAACCAAGGCUGACCUGGUUUUCUGCGCUGGCAUCUCGCUUCAUCAUUGCAUUAGAGCGUCCUCUCCCUCCUAUGAGUGAUGUCGGACUGCAGGAGACAGUGGAACCGGGAGGAUGAGCUCCCCGUGUACCUGGCUAGACCCAUCUCGGCCGGACCCAACCAGCAUCGGAAGUCUCACGGAAUGUUUAGCUCCGUCGAGGGCGCGUAUGAUAGCAAAACUAUCGAUUUCGACCAGUACGCCGUGGGGAGGAAGGGGAACAGGAGCUCGCGGAGCAGCAGCAGGGAACGCAUCGUGGAUGGGGACUUUGAAGCUUACGAGAUAAGCCGGGGGACCGUCAGCUCCCCGGGGGAGAGAGACGACGGGCGUCUGGGGGUCGAAAUCACGGAGCAGACUGAAAAGGAAUGUCGUUACGAGCGAAACAACGGGAAGAGCGAUCGGCUGCUGAUUAAAGGCGGGAGAGUGGUCAAUGAUGAUCAGUCGCUAUAUGCUGACGUUUACGUUGAAGAUGGAAUUAUUAAACAGGUUGGGGAGAACCUGAUUGUGCCAGGAGGUGUGAAGGUGAUCGAGGCUAAUGGGUGUAUGGUGAUUCCUGGAGGUAUUGAUGUGAACACCUGCCUGCAUAAGCCUUACUUGGGCACUCCACCUGUGGAUGACUUCUACCAGGGAACCAAAGCUGCUCUGGCAGGAGGAACCACCAUGAUCAUUGACCAUGUGACUCCACAGCCUGGAGACAGUCUUUUGGAGGCAUUUGAGAAGUGGCAGGAGGCAGCUGAUAAAAAGUCCUGCUGUGAUUAUUCACUUCAUGUGGACAUCCCUCAUUGGCAUGAAGGUGUGAAGGAGGAGCUGGAACAGCUGGUACAGGAAAAAGGAAUCAACUCUUUCCAAGUGUUCAUGGCUUACAAAGGGUUAUUUCAAAUGCCCGACUGUCAAUUGUAUGAAGCAUUCUCAUUCCUUAAGGAGCUGGGGGCAGUGGUGCUGGUGCACGCAGAAAAUGGAGACCUGAUAGCACAGGAACAAAGCAAAAUCUUGGGAAUGGGCAUCACCGGUCCGGAGGGCCACCCACUGAGCCGUCCAGAGGAGCUGGAGGCUGAGGCUGUUUUCCGCGCUAUCACCCUUGGCAACCGAGUCAACUGCCCUGUCUACAUCACCAAAGUGAUGAGUAAAAGUGCAGCUGAUACUGUGACCAGUGCACGAAAGAAGGGCUCUGUUGUAUUUGGUGAACCAAUCACAGCCUGCUUAGCAACAGAUGGAUCUCACUAUUGGAGCAAAAACUGGGCGAAAGCUGCAGCCUAUGUGACCUCUCCCCCCCUCAGCCCUGACCCAACAACUCCUGACCACCUUCACUCUCUACUGGCCUGUGGGGAUCUGCAGGUUGUGGGUAGUGGUCAUUGUGCCUACAGCACCUCUCAAAAGGCCAUAGGGAAGGAUGACUUUACCCUUAUACCCGAGGGAACCAAUGGAGUAGAGGAGAGAAUGGGUUUUGUUUGGGACAAAGCUGUGGCUAUGGGGAAGAUGGAUGAAAACCAGUUUGUUGCGGUUACAAGCACAAACGCAGCCAAAAUCUUCAACCUGUACCCCCGUAAGGGUCGGAUAGCAGUGGGUUCAGAUGCUGAUAUUGUGAUCUGGGACCCUGACAAGAUCAAGACCAUCACAGCUAAAGCACAGCAGUCGGCUCUGGAGUACAAUAUUUUUGAGGGGAUGGAGUGUCGUGGUGGUCCGGUGUAUGUGGUCAGUCAGGGUAGGAUUGUGUUUGACGAAGGGAAGCUUCAGGUUCAGCAGGGGACUGGACGUUUCAUCUCUCGCAAACCUUUCCCUGACAUUGCCUACCAGCGCAUUAAGUACCGCAACAAGGCGAUGAGCAAGCAGGGAGUUUCUCGUGGGAUGUAUGAUGGUCCAGUGUAUGAUAUCCCAGCAACACCCAAAUACAUAACCCCAGCACCCUCUGCCAAGACCUCGCCCACUACACACCAGCCUCCACCAAUCAGAAACUUGCAUCAGUCUAAUUUCAGCUUAUCAGGGGCUCAAAUAGACGACAACAUUCCCCGGCGCUCCGGCCACCGCAUUGUAGCACCCCCUGGUGGCCGCUCCAACAUCACCAGCCUUGGUUGAGUCCUUCUGCAGCUCCCAUAUGACUUUGAGAGCAUGUUUGUAUGUCUCUGUGUGUGUGUGUGUGUGUGUGUGUGUGUGUGUGUGUGUGUGUGUGUGUGUGUGUGUGUGUGUGUGUAUGUGUGAGUAUUAUUAAAGUUCUAUCUGUUGACACAUUAUCAGUAUUCUCUCACAGGGCCAUGCUGUAAAAGAUUUUGGUGCAACGCAUGCAUGUGAUAAUUCUCACUGUACCUUACCUGUGCAGUAAAUGUCCCAUCUACAGUCAACAUUACUGCGUGCAUUGUACACAAUAGUCUCAACGCAAAGACAAACCUAGACAAAUACCUAUAGAUAGCUAGACAAUCACUAGAAAAUAUCUUUAUAUCUUUAACAAAUUUCAGAAAAAGUAGCAUUUGAACAAUGCCAAUAUAACUACUCACAUUUAUUAAAGUUAUGAAUUACCCUCAUUCUGCUGAUGUGACCCCAGUGUUUGUGAAAAUGUCACGCUUUAAAAUUCCUGUGAAGCCGGUAACUAGUCAUCCCGCAAAAUGGUGCUCCUCCUACUGGACAACUUACUGAACUAAAGAUAACUAGAUAAAAGCGCUAGAACGCAGGUCUGAGAUCAGUUUUGGCUUAGGUGUACCACUAAUAAGUACAUUCUAAAGCUGAGCGACGACCUGCUCUUACAAGCACUUUUAACUUUCAUGUUCUCUGUGCACUGAAAUGUUUUUAAUUCCGUGUUAUCGGUCUAUUUUGUGGUAAAGAAUGGUGAUGGAUCGCAUGAUCUCACUUUUAAAUGUUGGUAUUAUAGACAUUCUUACACUCUUUAUACUUUGAAGGAUCGUUUUAUCGGUUAUCGGGUUUGAAUUGUUUUACAAGAACAGUUUGUGUUAUAUCGCUUUUUUUGUUUCCGUUUUACCUGUAGUGAAAAAGGCUGCAUGCCAUUUUAGCUCCUCCAAGCUCUCGGCUGUGUAGAGUUUGCUUAUUGCAAAAUUGACCACAGAAGGUAUCCGCGUUACCUCAUAUCGCAAAUGCAGAAUCAAAGAAUGCAACUAUAUGCAACCCGCGAGACUUUUUUUGUUUUUUUUUUUUACCUGCAACACUCUCAAUGAUCACUUCUGGAAGAGCAAGUCGCACAUGCAUUCAAAAAGAGCUGGAAACGAGUUCAUUGUGUCCGCCUGUUUUUUUUCUUCUAUUGUGAGAUUUCUACAGUAUUCUGCAUCCGAGCGGCUCUAGACUAGUCACUGUGUUCGCUCAAAGUCUUAAUACCGAACUUCCUCUGAAUUAAUGGCGAUCUCUCUCGUUUCGGACCAAUACAAGGCCAGUGCCAAGCCUUGCUGUAUUGUUUUCCAUACCCCAUUGUGAUUUUGUAUUGCCUAUGCUAUAUAUAGUGUUUAUGACCAAUGCCAUUUUAGAUUUUGUAGGCUGAUAUCCACUAAAGCACUCGUUGACUGUUGAUAAUGAUAUUCACUUUGCUAUGGUGAAAUAAAGUUCAUAAAUAGA